AGCACAAAGGGGAUAAAGGAAAAGGGGGCGUGGGCUGAAGGUUGCAAGUCAAGGCUAGACACUUUCACUCGCGCCCGGCCCAAGAGUGCUCUCUUGGGAGCGAGCUACGAGCCGCCUUCCCACCUUACUCUGCCGUGUAUUUACUUUUCUACCUGGUCUCGGACAUCGAAUUGCGCCCAUUAGCGGAGAUAUUACGACCGCUUGCCUCGUGGUUGUAACCUCUUGUGGUUAAGCGAUUACGCGGCCCGGCCGUGCCAUCGUGGGACAAGCAACGCUUUACUCGCGAUGUAAAUUCAUUUCACAACUCUCCCUCUAUUGUAAUACCGCCUUUCGUUUUGGUAGUUUUAAUCCUCCUGUCGCAACAUCUAGCGCUCACCAAGAACUAUGUAUACUACCUACAUACGUAAUAUAUAGUACAUGUAGCACACAGUAUACUUAUUAUAUAAUAUACGUAAUAUACAAUAUACAUGUAACAUACAGUAUACUUAGUAUAUAGUAUAUAGUAUAUAGUAUACGUAAUAUACAAUAUACGUAGUAUACAGUAGGACAUGUAGCAUACAAUAUAAUAUACGUAAUAUACAAACAUAUACGUGUUGCAUACAGUAUACUUAGUAUCCAGUAUACGUAAUAUACAAUAUAUGUGGUAUACAGUACACAUAGUACACAGUAUACUUAAUACAUAGUAUACAGUACACCUAACAUGCAGUAUACUUAGUAUACGUAAUAUGCAAUAUAAACAGUAUACAGUACAUGUAGCGUACAACAUACUUAGUGCACAAUAUACGUAAUAUACAAUGUAUACAGUACACCUAGCAUACAGUAUACUUAGUAUACGUAAUAUGCAAUAUAAAUAGUAUACAUGUCGCAUACAAUAUACCUAGUGUAUAAGAUACAUAAUACAUGUAGCAUACAAUAUACUUAGUAUAUAGUAUACGUAAUAUACAAUAUACGUAGUAUACAGUACACGUAGCACACAGUAUACUUAGUAUACAGUGUACGUAACAUACAAUGUAUACAGUACACCUAGCAUACAGUAUACAGUAUACGUAACAUACAAUGUAUACAGUACAUCUAGCAUACAGUAUACUUAGUAUACGUAAGUAUACUCAGUAUACUUAGUAUACAAUACAUGUAUACUCAGUAUAAAUAGUAUACAGUACAUGUAACGUACAACAUACUUCGAACAUAAUAUACGUAAUAUACAAUGUAUACAGUAUACGUAGCAUACAAUAUACUUAGCAUACAAUAUAACAGACGUAAUAUACAAUAUACAUGUAGCAUACUUAGUAUAUAGUAUACGUAACAUACAAUGUAUACAAUGUAUACAAUACACCUAGCAUACAGUAUACUUAGUAUACGUAAUUGCAAUAUAAAUAGUAUACAUGUAGCAUACAAUAUACUUAGUGUAUAACAUAUAUAAUACACAAUAUACAUGUAGCAUACAGUAUACUUAAUAUAUAGUAUACGUAAUAUACAAUAUACGUAGCAUACAGUACACGUAUGAAAUUAAUUUCUAUGGCCAACCUCCUUUCACAAUUCACAUGCAUUCGCCCCUGUUAACAGGAUCGCACGGCCAGAAGCAGCAGCAGGAAGAUCCGUGUCAAACGAAAUCCAGAGUGGUGGGCGACAUAGAGUACUGCGAUCGCUAUUGGGAGUGCGUGAACGGUCGUCCCGAGUUGUUCGACUGCCCGAACGGUCUUGUUUUCGCUGGGAAGCAUCGUGGCGUGACCGAGGGCUGCGAUUAUCCAUGGAGAGCGAACUACUGCGACGGGAAACGCCAGGCGAAUCCACCGAUUCCGGCUGAGCACUGCGACUGGCUUUAUGGCAUUUUCGGCCACGAGACGUCCUGCACACGGUACUGGACCUGCUGGAACGGCACCGCCACCGAACAAUUGUGCAUCGGUGGUCUUUUGUACAACGAGAGGGCCAGGUCCUGCGACUGGCCAGAGAACGUCGAAGGCUGUCAAAAGCAUCCUCUGUGCAACGACGACGCAAACGGGAACGUGCCCCUGGGCAAGUCGUGCAACCGUUACUGGCAGUGUCAAGGCGGCUAUCCACGGCUGCAGAGAUGUCCAGCGAUGCUGGUGUUCGAUCGGAGGUCGUUGAGGUGCGUGGUCCCGCCGACCGAGGACUGCGACGUGCCGACGACGCCGCCAAGCCUCGAGGGUGACCUGCCCGAGGGACGGAACGAGCAGGAACCAGAGGAGGAGAACCUUCCGCCGGGUGUCCCGCCGCUGCCAGCCGGCGCGCUGCCCAUCUCACUUCGAGCUCGUCCCAGAAAUUAG